AUUGCCGUGACUGAAUUCUCUUUCCCACAAGUCACGACUCAGAGGUAGAAGAAAGAAAAAAAACCUUUUCAACACGUGAUCAAUAAUGGAGUUUGGACGCAAGAUUUCAAACCGCCGCUUAAAUUGUCUUCCAUCCCCACCUUCUUCUUCUUCCACUUUCACCAACCCACACGGCAUGUCGGCCAUGCAUGCUCGCCGGCGAUGGUCUCCUCCUAUGAUUCUUUGUCUUAUUCUCUUUCUCUGUUCUGUUUCUCUGUCCACAAGCGCCGAUGAGUUUCAGCAACUGAUGAAAUUCAAGGCUGCGUUUGAAAAUUCAAAUCCAACCACUUUCAGUUCAUGGGUCGAAGGCAAUUCCGUAUGCAACUUCGCGGGGAUCAAAUGCGAUUCAAACGGACUCGUCUCUGAAAUCAACCUUCCUAAUCAAAAUCUGGCGGGAACUGUUCCUUUCGAUGCGAUAUGUUCCCUCCAAUCCCUGCAAAAGAUUUCCCUCGGUUCGAAUUCGUUGAGCGGCAGCAUCGGUGAGGAUUUGAAAAACUGUGUUCGUCUGCAGCAUUUGGAUUUGGGUUUGAAUUCAUUUACCGGGAAAGUGGCCGAUUUGUCCUCUUUGCGUGAAUUGAGAUACUUGAAUUUGAACCACAGUGGAAUUUCCGGGGCUUUUCCAUGGAAAUCGGUGGAAAAUCUUACCAAUUUGGCCUUUAUAAGUCUCGGAGAUAACCCAUUUGAUCCAAGUCCAUUUCCUACUGAGGUACUGAAGCUCGAGAAAUUGUAUUGGUUGUAUCUCACAAAUUGCAGCAUCAAUGGCAGAAUACCAAAAGACAUUGGAAAUCUCACUCUGCUUCAAAAUCUCGAGCUCUCAGACAACAAAUUGUCCGGUGAAAUCCCGGAAAGUAUCGGAAGAUUGAAAAACCUCUAUCAACUCGAGCUUUACAAUAACAAAUUGUCAGGAAAAUUGCCAAACGGAUUUGGAAAUCUGACUAGCCUCGUGAACUUCGACGCUUCGACUAAUCAGCUAGAAGGUGAUCUCUCGGAGCUCAGAUUCUUAACCAACCUCGCUUCUCUGCAACUCUUCGAAAACCAGUUUGUGGGUGAGGUUCCAAAGGAAUUCGGAGAGCUAAAAAACCUCAGUAAUCUCUCUCUUUACACGAACAAGCUCACAGGAACGCUUCCUCAGAAACUUGGGUCAUGGUCAGGGAUGCUAUAUAUCGACGUAUCGGAUAAUUUUCUGACGGGUCCAAUACCGCCGGAGAUGUGCAAGAACAACAAGAUGAUGAAGCUUCUUAUGCUUAAUAACAGGUUCACCGGCGAGCUUCCGGCGAGUUAUGAGGACUGUAAGUCUCUGAACCGAUUGAGGGUCACCAAUAAUUCUCUUUCCGGAAUUGUACCAUCGGGAAUUUGGGGUUUGCCCAAUAUAGCUCAUAUUGAUCUUUCUUCGAAUCGGUUUGAAGGUUCUGUGACUUCCGAUAUUGGAAACGCAAAGUCUUUAGCUCAAUUGCUUUUGGGUAAUAAUAAAUUUUCCGGCGAAUUGCCCGAUGAGAUCACUGAAGCUUCUUUGUUGGAUUCAAUCCAGCUUACCUCGAAUCAAUUUUCGGGUAAAAUCCCAGAAAACAUUGGAAAAUUGAAGAAACUAAGCAUGCUUGAUUUGGAUAGCAACCAAUUUUCCGGUUCCAUACCGGACUCAUUAGGUUCCUGUGUUUCAAUUUCUCAGAUAAACCUUGCCCAGAACUCAUUUUCCGGGAAAAUUCCUUCAAGUCUUGGCUCUUUGCGUAGUCUAAAUUCUCUGAAUCUCUCGGACAACAAAUUGUCCGGUGAAGUUCCCUCUUCCUUCUCGUCGCUCAGACUGAGCCUUCUCGACCUGUCAAACAAUCGGUUAACGGGUCGGAUCCCCGAAUCGCUCUCCAUCGAAGCUUUCAAUUCGAGCUUCGCCGGAAACCCAGGUGUCUGCAGCGACGACAUGAAGAGCGUCCGUCACUGCUCUUCGUCCCCGAGCUCUGGAAAUUCCGGGCACGUCCGUACCUUGAUUUCCUGUUUCAUCGCCGGAAUGGUGGCUCUGCUAGCCUCGCUUGCCUAUUUCUUGCUAUUCAAGUCACAAAAGAACGACAAAAGCGAAAACCCAUUGAAGCGAAGCUCAUGGAACAUGAAACCCUACCAUCUACUAAGCUUCACGGAGGAGGAGAUCAUCGACGCGAUUAAGUCGGAGAACCUGAUCGGAAAAGGAGGUUCAGGGAACGUUUACAAGGUCUCGCUAAGCGACGGCAAACAACUCGCCGUGAAACACAUAUGGACGGCGACGGCGGUGUCGAAUCCCGGGGACAGGAAUAGUUGCAGGAGCAGUGCAGCGAUGUUGAAGAGGGGGAAAUCCCGGUCGCCGGAGUACGAUGCAGAGGUGGCGACGUUGAGCUCAUUGAGACACGUCAACGUGGUGAAGCUUUACUGUAGCAUAACGAGCGAGGAUAGUAAUCUGCUGGUUUACGAGUACUUGCCGAAUGGGAGUUUGUGGGACCGACUGCACACGUGUAAGAAGAUCGAGAUGGGUUGGGAGAUGAGAUAUGAGAUCGCUGUGGGGGCCGCAAAAGGUUUGGAGUAUCUGCACCAUGGAUGUGGUAAGGCUGUGAUACACAGAGAUGUGAAAUCCAGUAAUAUUCUGUUGGAUGAGAAUUGGAAGCCUAGGAUUGCUGAUUUUGGGCUUGCCAAGAUGGUCCAGGCCGGUGGAGAUUGGACCCAUGUCAUUGCUGGCACUCUAGGCUACAUUGCUCCUGAAUAUGCCUAUACAUACAAAAUAAAUGAGAAAAGCGACGUGUACAGCUUUGGAGUUGUGUUAAUGGAGUUGGUUACAGGGAAAAGGCCAGUAGAUGCAGAGUUUGGAGAGAACAAAGACAUUGUGAAAUGGGUAUGCAGCAAAAUAACAGACAAAGAGAGUUUGAUUGAUUUGGUGGAUUCAAGCAUCUCAGCUGCUUCAAGAGAAGAUGCUAUAAAAGUUUUGAGAAUAGCAAUUCACUGCACCUCAAAUAAUCCAGUUCAAAGACCUUCCAUGAGAAUGGUAGUCCAGAUGCUGGAGGAGGCUGAGCCUUGCCAGCUCAUCACCAUAACCGUCACUAAAGAAUGUCAAAAUAUUGCUAUCCAGGAGGGAUUCAAAUGUUAAGACUAGUAUUAUUCAUAGAUAGAAAAAAUUGGUUCUGGUUGGGAGAGACACUCUUUGUAGCACCAGUUUUAAGUACCAUAAGUACUUUUAGGCUUCCAAAACAAUAUGGAAAGAAAUUUCCCUGGAACGGGUUUGGAAGGACAUGUACCAUAUGUUAAUAUCUCUGCUUGCAAGAGAGUUGGUUUUUUUGACCUCAAUGAAGAGGGGUUUAUUUUUGGUUGGAGAAUAAAAGAAGACAAGAAGAUGAUUUUAUA